CUGCGCGCCACAAGACGCAUAGUGCAGCGUACAUUCAUAUUUGGCGCCAAUUCAUUGAUUCACCGCGCAUGGCCCACUUCAUUACCUAAUCAACGCUCCCACCACUCAAUUACUUAAAUACCUAAUUAUCGAUUUGUUAUUGUUGUGAAAGUGAUGUAGUGAGCGAGUUUAGUGUCAGUGGCGCGGAUAUUAUCACAUGCGGCAGUGUAAUCGGUCACGCAGCGCUCACUGUUUAGAAAUCGCAUUCUCUUAACCAAAAACGGUUCCAUUGUUUUACUUUGUAUAUCAAUCAUCUCGUCGUUUGUGUGUAGACACCCUUACCGCUCGGCCGGGAGUUGUGCUUCGUGCAUCAUUCAGUGCGCCCGCGCCCGACGCCCGCGCUGGCAGCCCGCGCCGGCUGCGCUGCCCGAGCGUAUCAUGAAUCUUUUCACGCAGUCCCGCAUCACCGUCGACGCUGCGCUGCAGGCCAUCGAGAUCGUUGAACCGGCGCCGGAGAACUGCCCCGAAGUCGCCCUGCCUCCCGAGGGAAACGUCAAGAUUCGCAACUACCGAAUGUUGAACGAAAACCUUUGCGCAUAUUCCCCCACCGGUGAUAUCAACACUUCUCCCGACAAAGGGAAACUGGUGUCCAAAUAUGAUGUUUACUCCACCCUGUCUCCACCACGACAAAAAAUCUUGGAGCUUUUAAGGCCGGAGGACCCGGGCAGAGACGCGUUGGAGGCGAUAGUGAUGCCCGCGCCGCGACGUGGCCUCGCACGGCCCUUCGACGAGGACACCAGACGGUUCCUGCAGAGAGCGCUGCUGUCCCCGAGCCCGCAGAUAUCGAACACGGACACACCUGAACCUCGUCUCUCCGAAACUACAGAUCGGGACCAGAAGUCGAACGAGCAUCAAUCGAUAAAAUCCGAAAGAUCUCUGGCCGACGAGUUAAAAGAGGCAGAAGAGGAGGAAAAGGCGGGGGGCAUCAGACGCGAUCUCCUUCGGGAGUUCAGGAAACGAGAGGGAGGUACGAAGGAAGCUAUGGAGAGGGAGAGGAUGGCGAAGUUAGCCCUGUCGGUGGAAGAGGACGAGGAGGAGGAGUGCGGGCUGUCCGGCGCAGCGCGACGGCUGGACGCGUUGCUCGCGGAGUCGCGCAGCCUUCACGAGGAGUUGGCGGGUAUCCACGAGGACAUGCAGGCGGAGAGUGCGCGGGCGCGGAGGUGUGCAGCGGCGGCACGACUACUGGCGGCGGAGUCGCGAGCGCUGCGCUACCUGGACGACGUGGUGGCACUGCUCAACGGCAACGUGGCCGCCGCCCGCCGUGCCCAAGCCUGGCCCUUUGCCCUCGGCCGGCGGGAGCCCGCCAGAAAUUACAUAGUCUGAUCUCACCUCACCUAGUAAAGAUAGCGGAGGUACGUGAACUCUAAUCAUCGGGGAACAGCACACGCAUUGAUACCAUUACGCGAACGAUCUUCAUACUCUACCAUUGACACUAACACGAUAAGGACAUUGAAAACAAAUCAAUUAAUCGACGGAUUUUAAUUUAAAUUGUUUGUGAGGGUUUUAUUACUUAUCAUAAAAAUUAACUGAGGAUAUUUAUCAAUAUACAGUAGCUAUAAACAUAUCGCAGAGAAAU